GCGGACGGAGAGGCGGAGGAGCGCAUUGCGGCUUGCGAGCCUCGACUCGUUCACAUCACCCCCCACCACCACCACCACCCGACUCCCCGGGUUCUCUCGCGCCUGCACGGUUUGUCCGUGAGUUUCGCCGGAGACAGCUGCGUCCAACAUGAGCUCACCGGCCGAGAUCACGGGGCGUUCGCCCCCCAAACUCCACAACUCAGUGGGGGUCUUGGGCAUCGCCGCAGGGUCCCUGCUGGUCUCCAUCGAGAGCUACGCUCCGGGCCGCUUCGAGCCCACGGCGCUGGGCCUGCUGCUCCUCGUCGUCUCCGCGCUCCUCGCAUUCGCAGCCAUCCGCAGGCUCCAGUGCGAGGCGUCGGUCUUCGUGAACCUCUGCCUCAUCCUCUCGGCGCUCUGGGCCGGCCAGGGGGUCAUCAUGGUGCUCAUGGGCCAAGGGGCGAUCGGCCACGACGAGCAGAGCACGCGGCUGGCCCUGGCCCCGGGCCUCGUGGCCUUCGCCCCGGCCUGUCUGCUCCUCUGCUUCGUGGGCCUCGUCAAGGGCCCCGUGCUGCUCGCCGCGAUGUCGGGCGCGGUGGCCUUCGCGCUCUCGCACCGCAUCGCGCUCCUCUACGCGGGCCCCUCCGCCGCGCCGGGAUUCGGCUCCUCCGGGGUGGCCGCCAGCUACCUCGUGGUGGCCCUGGUGGGCCUCUACUACGGCGCGGGCCGCAUCGCGCACUACCUGAGCAGGGGCGCGCUGGGCCUGCCCGGCACGGCCGGCUCCAACAAGCAGGGGGCCCGCGGCGGAGAGGCCGCGGGGAGGAGGAAGCGCGUCCCGGGAGACGCCAACGAGACGGCGGUGGCCGGGUACGCGGCGUGCGCGCUCGCGGCCAGCGUCCUGGGCUGCAGGGCGCUGGGCAUCACCGCGCAGCUGAGCGGGGGGCAGGUGCCGUGGCUGGGCGCCGCCUUCGCCCUGCAGCUCCUCGUCUCGGUCCUCUCGUUCCGCUCCAACGACGCGCUCGGCGGCGUUUUCUUUGCCUUCGCGUCGCUCGUCAGCAGCGGCGCCGGGCUGCAGCUGGGCCUCUGGGCGUGGCACAGCGGCGGCGUCGUGGGCGGCUCCGUCUCCCUGCUGCCGCCCCCGGCCCCCGUCGUCCUCGCCGUGCUCUUCCUCGUCGCGUCCCUCGCCGCCGCCGACCGCAGCCUGGCCGAGGUGGCGGUGGGCCUGGUGCUCGCCGCCUCCUGCGUGGCCGUCGCCUCCGACUCGAGCGGCUUCCUGGGGGUCGCGUCGCUGCGCGCCGCCGUCGCCGUCUUCCUCGCCGCCCUCGCCUUCUUCUUCGUGCGCCUCUUCAACCUCGCGGGCGGCGACAUCCGCAUCCCCGUGGGCCAGGGAGUGGUCACGCGUCUCGUCUGCCGCCGGGGCGGCUACGCGGCCGUCUUCCUCACGGCCGAUCACGACUCCGCGGCGCCCGUGCUCGGCUACUCGCGCUACACGGACGCCGAGUCGCUGGGCCACGCGUGCAACGCCCUGGCCGCCUUCGGCAUGACGCUGGCGGCGCCGGCGGACGCAGCGGCGGGGCCCCUGAGCACGCUGGUGCUGCCCUGGGUGGUGGUGGCGGGCGGGCUCCUGCAGUUCGCGGCGGGCGCCAUCUCGUUCUCGCGCGGCAAGACGCUCGAGAGCACCGCCUUCGUGUUCUACAGCCUCAUGUGGCUCAUCUGGGGGGUGACGCGCUACGCGGGCCUCGCCGCCGCUGGCGAGCGCGGCUUCGACCUCUCGGCGGGGGUCAUCUGCUUCAUGGUGCUCAACCUGUUCGUGGCGCUGGGCACCGUCUUCCUCAGCAAGAUGUGGUUCGCGUCGGCGCUCUGCUUCGAGCUCAUCAUGGUGAGCUUCCUGCUCGAGGCGCUCGGCGCGCUGCCGCGCCGCUACGACGAGGCCGUCACCGUCAUCUUCGGCCUCGUCAGCUGCUACUGCUUCGUGGCGUCGCUCUCCGCGCAGACGCUGCACCGCUUCGCGCUGCCCGCGGGCAAGCCCUGGAUGCAGCUGGGGGGCCCCGCGGGCGCGGCGCACGCCUCCUGCCCGCACCUCCCGUCGCGCAAGGCCUCCUCCGUGCAGCAGAUCGCAGAGAUCAUGAAGAACGGGGGCACGUGCGGGGUGCCCACGGACACCGUGUACGUGCUCGUGGCCGCGUGCAACCGCCCCGAGGCCGUGAGGAAGGCGUACAGGAGCAAGAAGCAGGCCGAGCACCGGCCCAUGUCGCUGUGGAUCUCGGGCACGCGGCAGCUGGAGCCGGUGCGCCACCUCUUCUCGCCGCUGCUCUGGGGCCUCAUGGAGGCCGCGUGGCCCUCGUCCGUCAGCCUCGUCAUCAAGAGGGGGGAGUGGGUGGACAGCCUGGGCAUGGGCGACGCCGCGUCGCUCAUCGGCACUCCGGACAGCAUUGCGGUGCGCUACCCGGACUGCACGGUCACCACGCAGCUCAUCGACCUGGUGGGCCCCAUCGCGGUGACGUCAGCGAACCCCACGGGGGAAGCGGACACGACUCAUCACAACCAGGUGUACGCCAAGCUGGGGGCACAGGUGGACGGGGUGCUGUGCGAUGGCCCCUCACCGGAGAACAUCGCCUCCACCGUGGUGGACUGCACCAAGAUCGAGGAGGGCGUCCUCAAGUUCUUCAGAGUCGGCCUCGUGCCUAAGAGCAAGGUUCUCAAAAUGUUCGAGGAGGUGCGCGCUCGUCUGCAGCCGCCGGCCCAGGGCGGCAUCACCAACGUGGGCUUCGAGCAAGGAGAAGAUGAAGACAAAGACCGACACCACCACCACUACCACGAGGAAGAGGAUAGAGAUGACCAACAGCAGGACAUCACACCGGCCGUCUUGGUCGCCGGCGCCGCGAUGAGAGAGGAGUCGGACGCGUGACCCCCUCGGCGUAUUUCCUGGGAGGAGGUGGGGGGGGGGUAGAGCAGUGUCGGAUUAAGCUAGUGCGGGGCCUGUAACAUAUGUUAAAAAGGAGCCAUAAAUAAAAAAACACAUAAAUAUCAAAACACACAUUUUCAACUUGCACAGUAAAGUAAUUGUAUUUUUUUUAUUUGCUAUACGGCCAGAUGAUACGACAAAUCGCCAACCUUUUAGUGCGGGGCUCUUGAAAGUGCGGGGCCCGUAGCUACUUAUGUAGCUACUUUUGCUACGAGGAUAAUGAAUCCGCCACUGGGGUAGUGUUCCCGAACUGGUCUCAAGCUACCCCUCCCCCCCGACUCUUGGUCCGACCCGGGUGGUGACAUCAACAAGACGUCCGUGCCCAGACAGCGCUCGUUUAGCUUACAUACCCAGCCGUGAACGUGCGAAACGUAUUAUCAGCAUCCAGCAGCUGUGAUAAAUCCACCUGCUUCAUCCUUGUAACUGUAUGGUAAUCAAUUUGUGUUUUGCUUUUGAUGUUUUGGUGAGCCCCCACCCCGGCCACACUUGCGAAUGAGACGCAUCCUCGGUCUCUUGAGUUCUCGCCCGGCUACGCAACAUAACGGUGGAGGUUGAAGCACUGCUGGAUGCGCAGGAGCUAAUUUCAUCGCUCCAUCUCCAUUGUCGAGGUCCUGCCGGGCGUGUUUCCUCCUGUAACUGCUCAUCCGGUCGAUGUUCCAAUCCCUUCUAGCUAUCUGUCCUGCUCCCGUAUGUAUGUAUGUAUCAGGGACGUGCGGUCAGGGGAGGCAGGGGAGGCAGAGCCUCACCUGUCAUACUCCAAUGAAAAUAGCUGUUACGAAAAGUAAAAAAAAGGAUAAUCAAAUGAAAUAAAGAUUUAGAUUUUUACACUGA